AACAUAAAAUUAUUUUUGAUAAUAAAACUGCAAUGGAAUCCACUAAAAUCUUUUGGCUGUUCAUCUAUAAACAAUUUAUGGAUUUACGUUUCAAUUGGAAAUCAACGGGUUUUCUGUUGUUGUCCAUUAUUCUUGCACAGUAUUUGAUAAUAUAUUUUGCAUAUCAGCCAUUCGAACCAUUGACCGUCUUUUAUAGCCCGCAAGGACCAGAAACAUUGCACGAAGGUUGUUUUUUCAAUAGUGGCAUAGUUCACAGCCAAACCUUUUAUUCUCCGAACACCACGGAAGUUAACACAUUUAUAACAAAAAUGUGUGGUGUUGAUAAACACAUCAAACGGUUUAGUCAUCCUCAAAUUAUGGUAAAGCACAUCGAAGAAUGUAAGGAGUACUGUGUGGGCGUAUAUUUUCAUAACUUUACAUCAUCGCGUCCUUUAGAGUAUACAAUUUAUACAAAUCGUAUGAAAUUGAAGACCGAGCAACGAUAUGUUACAGAUAGUUUGGGGUCGUCAUAUAGCCAAUCCCGUGAUUAUAAAGAUUUUCUUAAAUUACAACAUUCCAUCAACAUGGCGUUUACGCAAGAAAUCUCCGACGGUCAAAACACCGUUAAGGUACGAGUUGAUUCAAUGCCUUUCAUGCGCGGCGGUUAUUUUCACAAUGAAACUGGUUUAAUAUUUGGCUACGCUUUUCCGAUAUGCACAAUUGCGCUAAUGAUCAUUACUUUUAUCGUGCCUUUAGUGGAAGAGAAACGCGACGGUAUAAAGGAGUUUUUGGCCAUCGCAACACCAUUUUCAUAUCUAAACGGCUUUGCAUUUUAUAUAAUACGUUUGAUGUUAUAUAUGAUAUAUGCUGAUUGUGUUUUGGUGCUGGCCACAUUGUACAAUUCUUUGGGCGUAAUUCCAGUAGUUUAUGUUUUCUUACUAGUAUUUUUAUUUCUAUUGUCCAUGAUGUCAUUUUCAUACUUGAUAUCGGUUUUUUUUAAUGAAGUUUUUCAUGCUAAAGUUUGCAGUUUUUUCUUACACUGUGUGCCGUUUACGUUCCUUCAAAUACCAAACAAAGUGGUAGUGUAUUUGUUUAGUUUUAACGCUUUCUAUGAGGCUUGGGAAGUCUUUCAAAUUUUUGGUAAUAAAUGUGCGUCAUUCAACUUCGCCGACUUGUUUGUUCAUAUCACUGAGACUAGACUUAGUAUUUGUCAAGUUUAUAUCAUAUUAAUAGUGCAGAGUAUAAUAUAUGCUCUUUUAUAUCAAUACUUUGCCGCAAUGUAUCCGGGGAUAGGUGGUAUUAGAAAACCAUACUUCUUUUUUUUAAAGUCAAAGUUUUGGAGAAAUAUCAAUACUAACGACUAUAUAACAACAACAACUGACAGUAGUUCCGAUGCUAUUAUAAUACAAGACUUGCAAAAGGAAUUUCAAACAUGCGGUCGUAAAAUUCUUAUAGCCGAUCGUCUAAAUAUGGUAAUAAAAAAUAAACGAAUUACUGUCCUGUUGGGUCAUAAUGGCGCGGGAAAAACUACUACAAUCAACAUGAUCUUGGGUUUAGUACGGAAGGAUAAAGGCAAAAUUACAGUUUGCAGUGAGCGUGAUGCGUCAUCUUAUCGCCAUCUAAUUGGCUAUUGUCCUCAACACAAUAUACAUAUGCCAUACAUGACUUGCAAACAGCAUUUAAUUUUUUUUGCAAAGCUUAGAGGUCUAACGCAUCGUGAGGCCGCAAUUUUAGCGAAUAAAUUACUUCAACAACUGAAUCUUUCAAAAAAGGCUCAUAAUUAUGGUAAAAAUCUGUCAGGAGGCAUGAAAAGACGUUUAUCGUUGGGCAUUGCUAUGGCAGGCGAUACAAAAGUUAUCGUACUUGAUGAACCUUCAUCCGGUCUUGACAUAGAAUCCAGACGCGAGUUAUGGGAUGUACUUCUCGAGUUACGUAAAACUAAAGCUAUAAUGAUUACCACACAUCACAUGGAAGAAGCUGAAGUUUUGGGCGAUACAAUUAACAUACUCUGCAACGGGCGUGUGCUAUUAACAGGAGCUCCGCUAGAACUGAAGCGUAAAGUAGGCAGCGGCUAUAUUUUAAAACUGUGUACAAAUCCAAGUCAAUUCAAUAAAGAUGAGUGCUUACAGUUUAUACGUGUAGACAUACCUACUGCAAACGUUAUGGAAAUUGUUCCGCCCACUGUACUCCUAAGUUUGCCCUACCAGCAUCAUGAAAAGUACGGCAAAAUAUUGAGACGUCUGGAAAAGUAUCAACAAGAACUUGGGAUAAAUACAAUUUCAAUGACCGAUACAACUUUAGAGGAUGUGUUCUUACAUUCUACUUCCAAAGUUGACGAAAUCGAUGGUGCGGUCAAUUGCCAUACGGAUACUGACGCGAGCAUUCCCUACCAUCGCUUGGAUUCUAUGAACAGUGUCAGUUCAUUUCAACAAUUGAAAGCUAUUGCUUACAAGAAGACCUUGUUUGUGAAAAAUGAAUGGCGCUUAGCUUCACUGAUGAUUUCUAUUCCAUUUUUAUUGACAACAGUUGCAAUUUUGAUAAUACAUAUGUCAACUGUGACCACAUUUGGCAAAGGCUUGGAUUUGUCCUUGCCUCAUUACAAUGAUGGAGUUAUAUAUAUAAAUAUCCCACAAGAUCCUCAUGAAAGUGCACUACGGAUUUCUCAGUUGCUACAUCAACGAAUUGUAUUUAACGAUCUACAAGCAAAAAACUUAGUUUUAAAUGGUAGCAAUAAUGUUGAAGAGGAAUUGAUUGAGAUGAUGAAAAAGGACUUUUUCACUUUUCAACGAGAAGUCAUAGGUUGCGUCAAAAUAGAUGGCGGGAAGUCACCUACAAUAACCAUUUUAUUUUCGGAAAAUAUGAUCCAUAGUUCGGCAAUAUUACUUAAUAUGGUAGAUAAUGUUAUCAAUAUGUGGACAAAGGACGUAAAUCAAACAACUCUUAAAACAAUCUAUGCCCCAGUAGCUAUACAUGAUUCUUCAGCCGCUUCUUUGCAAUUAUCUUACUACGCUCUCUUUGUGCCAGCAGGCAUGUUUAUGUUAAUGUUUUAUUUCGCUAUGUUGCCCUUCAUGGAAAACCGUAAUGGAUUCAAACAGUUGCAGCCAACAUCUAUUGCAAUGUAUUGGUUUGACGUCUUGAUCAUCGAUUUGCUUCUGUAUCUUGGCAUCUGCUUUUUACUCUUUGUCUACCAAGCUCUAAUAAUGCCUCAUGAACUAUACGAAAUAUCAGAUUUAAUUAACAUAAUAUCCGCUUUAUUCUUCUAUGGUUUAAGUUAUUUGCCAUUGGUCUACAUGUUUGCAAAUUUAUUCACUGCAUUGUCAACGCUGUCGUCAUGCAUGUCGGCCCUAUUUUUUGUUUCAUUCAUUCCAACAAUUGUGUUAUCAAUUUCCAUCGGCGAUAUGAUAAAAUAUUCUAAUUUUAUUUUAUUACUGCGGUUUAUGCCCGACUUUAAUCUGGCUCAUCAACUUCGUAUUAUUAAUGAACGAUUUGUUAAUAACCAUGAGGAAACUGUGCCUCAAAACUUACGACAUGAAUUGAAUACUAAACACGUGUUAAAAUUGGGCAACUUCUACUGUUACGCCUUAAUAGUUUUUUCCUUCUUGAUGUCGUUCUUUGUACUUGUGGUGGAAAAUAAGAAACGCCGUUAUGCAAUUGAAAACCUACUAAAAUGUUCAAAAGGUGCAAAAAAAUUUGAUCAGUUUCCUACGCCUAAUCACGAAGAAGACAGAUUGGUACAAGAGGAAAAGUCGGUUGUUGAUCAGAUCCUUAAAGAUAAUAGCGAACAUGAGUAUCCGCUUUUUGUACAAAAUCUCUACAAAUACUACAACGAAUUACCAGCAGUAUGCGGAUUAAAUUUCGUUGUGCGAAAAAAGGAAUGCUUUGGUCUUUUGGGAGUUAACGGUGCCGGUAAAACAACGACAUUUGAAAUGAUAGCCGCGAAUCGCAUACUUUCAGCGGGUAUCGUUAAAAUUGAUGGCGUCGACAUAUCACAGGAAACUGAAUACAGACAUCGUUUCGGUUACUGCCCGCAAAAUGAUUGUUUAAAUAAUUUUAUGACUGGUUAUCAAACUCUGAAAUAUAUGGCUUUUUUACGUGGCAUUAAUGCGCCGCACGUACAUCACGCAGCAAUCUACUGGCUUGAAAAAUUGGAUUUAUUAAAUUAUAAAGAUAUACAAGUGAAGUACUAUUCCGGUGGCACUAAACGUAAGCUGCAAACAGCAGCUGCAAUGAUUGGGAGUCCUUCCUUAGUGCUUUUAGAUGAACCUACUACCGGCGUAGAUCCAGCAUCUAGACGUUUCCUGUGGAAAUCUAUGCAGGAUUUUCAGAAACGUGAUAGAACUAUUGUACUUACUUCGCAUAGUAUGGAUGAAUGUGAACACUUGUGUAAUCGUUUAGCUAUUAUGGCUGAUGGUCGACUCAAAUGUCUUGGUUACGUUCCUGAAUUGAAGCAAUUACAUGCUGCUGGAUUUACUAUUAGCUUCAAGUUAGUAUCUACUGAUGUCUCGGACGAAGACAUUCAAUUCAUAACUCGAGAAUUACGUUCACAAUUUUCCAAAUGUAAUUUACGUGAAAAUCAUGCCGGCAUCUUAACCUAUUUCGUUAAGGUCAACAAUUCAAUUAUUUGGUCUCAAGUUUUUCUCAAGUCCGAACAGUUUUUUAGAGCAUCUUCACAUUUAAUUGAAGAAUAUUCAGUUAAUGAGUCAACACUGGAAGAUAUAUUCUUAACAUGCGGUACAAGGAGUCAUCGGAAGACAUUUGUAAAUGAUGAUUAUAAUCAUAGGACUAAUGAAACUAUGACGACAUCGCAAAUUGAAGACGUCUAAGGAAAUUAAUGUACAAUAA